CACACCAGAGACUGGGCCGAGGGGGCGAGAGCCACACUAUGAGGAGGGAGAGGAGAGGAAACAUAGCAUAGCGAGGCACAAAGUUAGGAAGAACAGCUUCAGAUCCAACAACCAUCACCUGUCUGACAACGAAUAAUAAAGAAUUGAGGAUAUCUAUUUUUUCUAUAGACAAAAACUGGACCAACUAUAGGCCUCUGUGGAUUUUAGAAUGGAAACUGAAUCGGACAUUCAGACAAAUUAAAUGGAUGAUGAUGUUAUUUGCAACUACCAGAAUUGGAUUGAAUAAGCCAAGUGGAAUCAAAAUAAUAGUUCCUCUCCCUCUGACAUUUAUAUAAACCUAGCUAACCUCCACACCACCACCAUUUCAGAAGUCUCAACUAAAAAGUAUGGAUUUCUCUAGCUCCCUGCCUCCCUCACCUUCUCCAUUAUACACCUCCCCCUUCAUCCCCAACUCCUCCUUCCCCUCCGCCUCUCCAUACAUCUCUCCUUCCCCCAGCCUGGCCUCAACCGCUCUCUUCUGCUCCCUCCUGUCCCUCCUGGCUCUCCUGGGCAUUGGGGGGAACCUCUACACCAUGGGUCUCCUCAUCAGACGCAGGAGAGGCAGAAGGAGGCGAGGGUGUUCUAGCUGCUGUUUAGGAGGGAGAGGAGUACCGUUACCAUCCUGCCUCUCCUCCUCUCCCCCCUCCCUCUCCCCUUCCUCCUCUCCCACCUCCUCUUCCUCCACCUCCCUCCAUCUCCAGGUGCUGAGUUUAGCUCUGGCGGACCUCCUCUACCUCUUCACGGCUCCCUUCAUUGUGUACGACAGCCUGGCAGCUGACUGGGCGUUUGGGGAGCUGGGCUGUCGCCUCCUCUUCAGCCUGGACCUGAUCACCCUGCACGCCUCCAUCUACACCCUCACCGCCAUGAGUCUGGACCGCUAUCGGGCUGUGGCCAACCCCCUGGCCACCUCGUCCUCCCCCUCCUCUGGGUUGCUCCGUGUGGCCCUGGCCUGGGGCCUGGCGGUGGCCCUCAGCCUGCCCAUGAUGAUCACCCUCCACCUGGAGGACGGAGACGACGGACAGCUGUGUGUCCCUGCCUGGGACGAGCAGAGCUCCAAAGUGUAUAUGAGCGUGCUGUUCUGUACCAGUAUGAUAGGGCCGGGGCUGGCCAUCGGGGCGCUGUAUGCUACUCUGGGCCGUCUCUACUGGGUGUCCCAGACCCAGCCCUGGGCCAGUGGUAGUGGGGGUAGCACGUCCUACCCUCCGCGGGCCCCUAGGCCCAAGGUCCUGCUCCUCAUCCUGGGGAUAGUUCUGGCCUUCUGGGCCUGUUUCUUGCCCUUCUGGGUGUGGCAGCUGCUGCCGCUAUACCGGCCCGACAUGCUGCGGACAGUACCGGUGGGUACCCAGGUGACGGUGAACCGGAUCCUAACAGGGCUGACGUACGGGAACUCUUGUGUGAACCCAUUCUUCUACACGCUGCUCACAGGGGGGAAACGACGGAGGAACAGGCAGACACCGACGUCAGCGAAUCAGCUCUGCCGCAAGAGCAGUCCGCAGUAGUGUUCGUGACAGCACAGACAGUCCGGUAUAAUAGACUGCUCUGGGGGCUGGUGGGGGGCUGCUUACAAACUGUCCGAUUCAAACACCCCCGUCUCCCCCUGAAAUAUCAAAGGGCAUUUCACUGUGUGAUUGUUACUUCAUAAGGACUAUAUUAAAGACAGCACUUUGUAUGCAUGGAUGUGACUGGACCAUACUUCCUAUUUGGAGAUUAAAAAUGUGACGGGCUGAGCGAAAAUACCAAAGCUUCAAAAGUUGAGAAAUAUCUCAUUGAUUGUAUGAAUUCACAAAAAUACAUCCACAUACGGGCCAUGAGUGGAGUAUGACAACAGGGAAGCAGCGUUUGUGUGUACGGGCCAUGAGUGGAGUAUGACAACAGGGAAGCAGCGUUUGUGUGUACGGGCCAUGAGUGGAGUAUGACAACAGGGAAGCAGCGUUUGUGUGUACGGGCCAUGAGUGGAGUAUGACAACAGGGAAGCAGCGUUUGUGUGUACGGGCCAUGAGUGGAGUAUGACAACAGGGAAGCAGCGUUUGUGUGUACGGGCCAUGAGUGGAGUAUGACAACAGGGAAGCAGCGUUUGUGUGUACGGGCCAUGAGUGGAGUAUGACAACAGGGAAGCAGCGUUUGUGUGUACGGGCCAUGAGUGGAGUAUGACAACAGGGAAGCAGCGUUUGUGUGUACGGGCCAUGAGUGGAGUAUGACAACAGGGAAGCAGCGUUUGUGUGUACGGGCCAUGAGUGGAGUAUGACAACAGGGAAGCAGCGUUUGUGUGUUCUGUUAUCAUUUAGGGGGCUUUAGUGGAACUGUGCAUUUACAGUAAAAUGACAACGCACUUCUAUCAGUCUGGAAGGCCAGAAAAGGUUUUGCUUUUGAACAGCAACUGAUUGUCACUGGCCAUGACAUAUUUGGAGAUGUUUCUUUAAAAAGUUGUUUAUUGACACAGAGACUGAUGUUUGAGGGGUUAGAGAGGACCUCGUGUCACAGACCCUUAACGUUUGAUAUGCACCCUUAAAGUCAGACCUUUUUUUAUUAGCAAUACCUGCAUGUUGGGUUUGGACUUUUAUUUUGUAACGAACUCUGCAAUGCUUUGCAUGGUGAUGAUGAUGCCUGUAUUUAUAUCCAGUUUGGUGUGUAUAAUAUGAUAUAAUAUAUCAAAUAAAA